CCGAACCCGAACGUCUCGAGCCGGUCGUUGUGUCAGAAACAUGGCGGCUCUCAGUAAAUAUGUGACAGCGAAAAACUCGUCCAUAGCCGGCGGAAUUCUGCUAGUUUUAUAUCUGCUGAAACAAAGAAGACGCACGAGCAAACAGGACCGGUCAGCGAGAAAAGGAAGCUCAGAUCUACUCCUGAACACAGAGAAAGAUGGCAGAAAAGACCGUGCAGCAGUGGAUAAAGUGUUCUUCCUCAGAAUCCUCCGCAUUCUGGGGAUUAUGGUGCCUCGAGUUUUCUGCAAAGAGACUGGUUAUCUGAUCCUUAUAGCUGCCAUGCUGGUGGCUCGGACCUACUGUGAUGUAUGGAUGAUCCAGAAUGGAACCAUGAUCGAAAGUGGUAUUAUAAGCAGAGACAUCAGUCUAUUCAAGGAGCACUUUUAUUCCUACAUUUGUGUUAUACCGGCGAUAGCCUUGGUCAACAACUUUCUGAAACUGGGGCUGAAUGAGUUAAAGCUGAGAUUCCGCGAGAGACUCACGAAGAACCUUUACGACCAGUACCUCCAAGGUUUCACCUACUACAAAAUGGGCAACCUGGACAACCGGAUAGCAAACGCAGACCAGCUGCUCACACAGGAUGUCGAAAAAUUCUGCAAUAGUGUGGUGGACCUCUACUCAAACCUCAGCAAGCCUCUGUUGGACAUCGGUCUGUACAUCUUCAAGCUGACAAGUGCCAUUGGUGCUCAGGGCCCUGCUAUCAUGAUGGCCUACCUGCUGAUCUCAGGUCUGUUCCUGACCAGGCUGAGGAGGCCCAUAGGGAAGAUGACUGUGACCGAGCAGCGCUACGAGGGAGAGUACCGCUACGUCAACUCACGCCUCAUCACCAACAGUGAGGAGAUUGCCUUCUAUAAUGGGAACAUGAGGGAAAAACAGACCAUUUAUGCCACAUUCAAAAAACUGGUGGAUCACUUGCAUAAUUUCAUCUUCUUCCGCUUCUCCAUGGGCUUUAUUGACAGCAUCAUUGCCAAGUAUGUGGCCACUGUGGUUGGUUACCUGGUUGUUAGUCGACCAUUCCUGAACCUGGCCCACCCCCGACACCUGCACAGCACACACUCUGAGCUGCUGGAGGACUACUACCAGAGUGGGAGGAUGCUGCUGAGGAUGUCUCAGGCUCUGGGCAGGAUUGUUCUGGCCGGCAGAGAGAUGACCCGCCUGUCAGGAUUCACAGCUCGUAUCACUGAACUGAUGAAAGUCCUGAAAGACCUGAACACUGGCAGAUAUGAGCGCACUAUGGUUUCCCACCAGGAAAAGGAAUCAGACACAGCAGAGAAAGUCGUCCUGGUGCCUGGAAGUGGCAAAAUUAUCAACAGAGACAACAUCAUUAAAUUUGACCACACCCCUUUAGCAACACCUAAUGGAGACGUCCUCAUCAGAGACCUUUCAUUUGAGGUGAGGUCUGGAACCAACGUUCUAGUGUGUGGACCAAACGGCUGUGGAAAGAGCUCUCUGUUCAGAGUCCUCGGAGAGCUGUGGCCUCUGUUUGGUGGACAUCUGACCAAACCUGAGAGGGGGAAGCUCUUCUACGUUCCACAGAGACCUUACAUGACCUUGGGAUCUCUGAGGGACCAGGUGAUUUACCCUGACACCCUGGAGGAGCAGAGGAGAAAAGGCAUCUCUGAUCAGGUGUUGAAGGAGUACUUGGACAAUGUUCAGCUGGGUCACAUCCUGGACAGGGAGGGGAGCUGGGACACGGUCCAGGACUGGAUGGACGUCCUGAGUGGAGGAGAGAAGCAAAGGAUGGCGAUGGCCAGACUCUUCUACCAUAAGCCCCAGUUUGCCAUUCUGGAUGAAUGCACGAGUGCAGUGAGUGUGGAUGUUGAAGAUUACAUCUACAGCCACUGUCGGACGGUGGGCAUCACUCUGUUCACAGUGUCCCACAGAAAGUCUCUGUGGAAGCACCACGAGUACUACCUCCACAUGGACGGCAGAGGGAACUACGACUUCAAGCCCAUCACGGAGGAGACGGUGGAGUUCGGCUCGUAAUCCCCGACACCAGGCACCGCUCUGACCCACCCAGUCCAUUCAGCCUUUGCACUCAAGUCCUAGUUCUAACUGAAAACAGAUGUUUUUAAUCAUGUGUAACUAGUUUUUCCACCUUAUUUUCUUUGUUUUCUAUUAUUUAAAGCUCGACCGUAGUCCUGUCUAAUCAUUAAUUUAAGUGUGAUUAUGAAAAUUGUAAUUUAUGAUGCCAACGUGUAGGAUGUUUGAGCGGAGGUGAACGGAUGCAGAUACGAUACAGUGUCCAUGUUCUGACCCAAUCACAGUCAAGCCCUGUCCGAAUGUGGGCGGAGCUAAGGCUGGCUUUCGCACAUCUGACACAUUUAAUUAGGAUUAUUUUCAUUACCACUACAACUGGAAAUCUGACGAAUCUGUGUAAGAUGAGGGUAAGAAGCUGCUUCGAUGGUGAUUCAGUGUCAAUUUAAAGGUCCAGUAUGUCAGAGUUCAGAUUUCCUCAUCGUCGUCUUUUUCCUUAAUCACUUGAAAAUUAGAAUCGCUGUGUGUUUUUUUGCUUUUUUAGAAUCAUAUCAGAGCUCUGCACAGACUCCUGUUCCUCCUGUUUCUGUUUUAAACUGGGUUAGAGGACAGCCUCGUUACCUGAAGAACGGACCGGAGUUUAUUAAUUAACCUAAAUAUUCCACUGAGUAGAACAGACGUAACACACACCCAGUCUAACCAGCCCUUCCAGAUGCUGAGUUAGUUUACAAGUGUCGUACUACCACACACUGAACCUUUGCAUUUUUAUUAAAGAUGAUGCUUUUUUGUUCUCAGAUGAUAACGAAUCAGUCGGAGCCGUCAUCAGGGUCUGUUAUGUCAGAUUACAGUUAAAAAUAGAAAACAGAUGUAGUCAUGAAGGUUAGAACAGACGUCAUCCAACCACAGCUGUGUGUUUUAGAGUCAGGACAGAUGGAAUAACAGAAAGAGAGAGGAAGAGAAGUUUGACUAAAUAAAGCACUCAGAAUGCUCAUCAAUAACAGAUUUAGGAUUGAAUUAGGAUGAAGUUUGGUCCUAGUAGUUUUAGUUUUUGUUUUUUUUUUUUUCCCUAAAUCAGUCCAGCUGCUUUUUGACACCUGUUUAACUCU